AUGAAUCACUGUCAUCCAUCUCCGGCGGCCGGCCGGCAAAGAAUAUCGGCGCCAAGGCUGAGAGAGAUAGAGGUGCUCAUAAUCUCAGCCCAAGGUCUAAAGAACGUGAAGCACGUGACCAAAAUGAGGUCGUACGCGGAGGUCUACGUGGAGAGAGACAUCCACGUGGCGAGAACCCACGUGGACGAGAAGGGCGAGACGGACCCCACGUGGAACGAGGUCGUGAAGGUGAAGUUCCGGGAAGGCUUGCCGGAGAGCGACGUGUUAGCGGCGCUGAACGUGGACAUAUACGCGCACGGUCACGUGAUGAGGGAGAAGCCCGUUGGGAGCGCUAGGGUUCUUCUCUGCGACGUGCUGAAGGGUGGCGACGCCGCCGAACCGGCGGACAACCCGGUUCAGGUGAUGACGGUUCAGGUGUGGAGGCCCUCCGGUCGGCCUCAUGGGUUGCUGAACCUGUGGGUUCCGCCGACUGGGAGGUUCUUGAUAAUGAAGGAGUCUUUGUCUUUUAGUGUGAAGGCGGAGGAGGAGGAGGAGGUGGCAGUGGCGGUGGUCGGAGGAGAGGAGGUAGUGACAAAUGGUGAGGAAGAGUGUAGACCAACACGUGCAUGUUAG